AUGGCGGGGGCUGGCGGCAGGCUGGGUAAGCCCAAGAAGGCGCAGGGCAAAAGCACGCCGGCGGCGUCGUCCCAGAAGGCGGCAGUAGCCGCCCAGGCUAAGGCGCUGCGCUCGCCUGCAGAGUCGGGACCUUCGCGGAUCAAAGCCGGGCAGUCCCCGGGCGAGGCGGGGUCUCUGCGGGGCAAGGUCGGGCAACCGCCGCCCCCCCAAAAGGCGCAGCCGCCGACCAAGGUUGAGGGCGCAAACAAGGCGGAGCUGCCGCAGGCGAAGGCCAAGCAGCAGAAGGCGGAGGGGAAGAAGGAGCCAGAGGCGGAGAGUAAGUCGGCCGAGGGGUUGCCUCUCAAAACCAUCAGCAGCAAGACCCAACUGACCAAGUCCAUCAAAGAGGCCGGCGAGCGGCUGGUGGUCAUCUUCUUCUCGGGCAGCUGGUGUGAAACGUGUCAGGGGCUCAAGCCAGCCAUGAGGGAGCUCGCCCAGCUCAAUAACGUGGUGCUAUUCUACGAGGUGAAUGUGGACGACUCGGAGGACACGGCGGAAGCCUGCGACAUCGUGCACAUCCCGACCUUCCAGUUCUACAAGCAGGGCAAGAAAGUGGCUGAGGUCCUGGACGACAGCGUGGAUACGAUAGAGGAGAAAAUAAAAGAAUUGAAGUAGACUUAAGCAAACAGACCCUCCUUCCCUUUCAGUAUUUAGAGCAAAGCUACAAUUCCAAAACGUUUUGCUAUUCUUGCAUGCACACCUCAAUUUACUCCAAUCCAAAUGCAAGGAUCGCACCAGUAUUUAAUUUGCAAACCAGACAGCUGAGUGUCGAUUUCGCCAGACCCAAAAACCAAUAGCUAAAUCCAACCUUAACAUUUGGUAACAUUUGCACACCAUAAGACCAUAUAGGAGCAGAAGCAGGCCAUUUGGCCCAUUGAGUCUGCUCGGCCAACCAAUCAUGGGCUGAUUCAAUUCUUCCAGUCAUCCCUACUCCCCUGCCUUCUCCCCUUACCCUAGUUAAGAACCCAUCUAUCUCUGCCUUAAAUUCACCCAAUGACCUGGCUAGCUUUUG